AACUUAACAUCUCCGAUGACGUUCAGUCUAUGGGAUUUCUGUUCGAGGUUUGAAUAUGUGGUGUAUCACGCAUCGUCAUUGGAGGACCAUUUUGUGUCGUCAUCAUUCUUGUGGUAACUGUGUAUCAUGACUAACUGUUUGAAGUUAAUGACGUCAUCAUUCUUGAGGUAACAUUGCGUCAGGAUUAACUAAUUUUUAGUUAAUGACCUUUUUAACCAAAAGUUCAUUGCGUGACGCAUUUGCUUGAGAGUUUGGAUUCAUCUUACAGGUUGCUGUAUCUUAUGAUGUUUCAACAUCCAACGCACUGUGCGUACGUACAGUUCAUCCGGGGCUCUCUCAACGCCGAGAUCGUGUGCAUUCUGAACUGUGGGAUGAAGGUUGCUGUAUCAUCCAAGCUGGUUCUCAAUGUAACCUGCGAUCGCUGCACACAAGAACCCAGUGCGACAGUCAUAUACGUGUGGAAGAUCUUAAAGGUCGAAAACUCGACCGACGGAAGGAGAGUUGAAAUCUCGGACGCUAACAUUUUUGAGAAGACAGGCACAAGCAGUGGACGAGGGGCAGUGAUCAAGGAGAAUGCGCUGGAAGGUGGUCAGACUUACCGGGUGGAGGUCAACGUGACACUGCUGGCUGAUCACUCCAAUGGCUUUGCCGCCAGAGAGUUCAGGACAAACUGUCCGCCAUGGGGAGGCAAUUGCACGGUAACCCCACUACAAGGCGAUGUUAUGAAGGACUCAUUCUCGAUGUGGUGCAUUGGCUGGAAGGACGAGGGCUUUUCUGAGGACGCAAACAGUACAAGUGAUGGCGACGAAAAAUCGCUACUUUUGGCACCUUUAAUUUACAAGUUUCAGCUGAGAAGAAAUAACACGGUUUUCCCCAUAGCUCAAGGAGGGGAGAGCAAAAUGCCUCGGGUCAUGUUACCACUCCUUCAAGGAACAAAUGAUUCUGAGUAUGAGCUGGUAGCUCGUAUUUAUGAUCCAUGGAAUGACUUCGUUGAAGUUUCCCAGCCUAUCAACCUUUACGUCGACGAGAGCAGUUCAAGUUUAGAAAAGACUCUGCUGUUUUGGGAUGGUCAGUCUUCGUACACUAACUGGUCAUCGAACUUGGAAAAGCAGAUGAAAAGUCUUACUAUCGCCAGCUCUCUGAUCGCUGCACAUAAUGUUUCAGACAAUCAGACGGAAUUACAGAUGGUCCAAGAAAGUAGCUCAGGGAACAUAAAGCAGGUGGUCAAUGCUGGCUGGAACGAUGUUUGGACCGAACUCCAGCAUCCUUCAAGCACUCCCAUCAGAGACAAUCUGACCGCGGAAACGGACAAGUUCAUUAACAUGGUGUGGAUCCGCGGGGAGGAUGCCAAGAACCUCUCUGGCCACGGACUGACGGCCCUAGCCGAGGGUCUGAGCAUGAUCCUUUUCAAUCCCACCACCACCAGCCGCGACUCUGUGGUGAGUGCUUGACUCUUGCUCACAAUUAUCACACCUGAGUGAUCAUUCCAACCACAGCCGUCCGGUGCGCAACAUCAGUGACUGUACAUAUCAUGAUGGCACACUGACCUUUGAAUGACGUAAUUUUGUCUGAAGUACCCUGGUUUACACCUGACUAAUCAAAGCUCUUCUUGUCGUAAUAGAGUCGAACUUGUUUGUCCUUAGGCAUUCAGCCUUUGCAG